UGCUUCAUAUUAACAUAAUGACUAGUACUGGUAUUUUAGGAAAGGAUCAGUCUACACAAUAUAUGGAUCCACCAAAAGGACCAGUUUAUGUAGCUGUUAGAGACUGGAAGGCAAGGGAAAGUGAUGAGCUUUCAAUCAAGAAAGGAGAGAAACUUGAGAUCAAGAAAGAGCGUACUGAAGGAUGGUGGCUAGCAAGAUCAUUAGAUACUGAUCAAGAGGGACUUGUUCCUAUUAAUUAUAUUAUAAAAGAUGAAGAGAGUGAACUGUCAACAUUGGAAUUACUUGAACUAUUUCAUUAUGCAAUGACAGAAAAUGUUGACAUACCUAAAAUCAAGGAAAUUAAGACAAGCAGCAACAUUGAUGACGCUGAGAAAAGAAGUCUCCUUCUGUCAUUAAUUAAACAAGAUUCAGUUCUGCUAGAUCAACUUAGAAAAAAAGAACAUGAAAAACCUAAAGCAAUUAGGUGGUAUGAUGAUGGUGUUGAACUGACCUCUCCAUCUUUUUUACAAUGUCAAGAAGUAGCUUCUCUAUUAACAUACAAACAUACAUUUAUUAAGAUCAUUAAAUCGUCUCCUGAAGUUGUGAGUGAUCUGUUGCCAGUUUUAUUACAAAAUGAAAAGGUGAUAAUAGAAGACACUCAACUAACACAGGACUGCAUCUCAUCCUUAUGUAACUUACUGGCUAAUAAUAAAUCAUUAUUAGAAUUACAUCUUACUAACUGUUCCAUCGAUGACAAAGCAGUUGCUGAUAUUACAAACGUACUACAAACACACAAUAACACACUAAAAAAAUUAUACUUCUUUGAUAAUUCUCAUAUUAGUUCUGUUAGUGCUCAGUCUCUUUCUGAACUAAUUAUCAACAAUUCAACAUUAACUGAAUUACAGAUAUCACACACUUCAAUAUCAUCUAAUGGAAUAUUGCUAAUUCUUCAAUCGUUAAAAAGUAAUAAAAGUUUAAAGCUCUAUCUAAAUAUGAAACACAACGACACAUGCACAGAAUACCAUGACUAUAAUGCUAUAAAAGAUAGAGUAAUAUUUUAUGAAUAAUAAAUAAAUAAUAAUAAUUGUAUUUUGCUUUUUAUUGACGAUGCUGACUCAUCAUGUUAUA